AAUUGAUUGUGGCCGUGACUCGCGCUCGCACCUCGCACGAACUCAAACUCAAACUCAGUCAGCAAGCGAGCGUUGUGGUGAACGGCCGUUGGCGAACAACGUGAUCGUGAUGCGCGCUCGUGUCUGAAACCGUACGCAGAAACUCGUGUGCUCCGUGUCGCGCUAAACAAGUGCCCCCGCAGUGCGUUCACAAGCCGGAUAUCAGUUCAAUACAAUACACUCUUUGGAUUACACAUACACUCCCCAAGACAACACGUGCGAAAGAUCAUCAAGAUGCAGAACGCAGUGCUAAGCGGAUUCCUCAGCCCCAAUACGAGCGGCACGGGCGUCGGCGGUGGCGAAAAGCCGGCGUGUCCGGCCACCACCACCGACGGGAUCAAAAAGUGUCGGUCGCGCCCUGCCGCCCCCGGCAACAACGUGGAGGCGCGAGUGCCGCGCGUGCCGGAACAACCGGCGCGUCAGCAACAUGCUGCCACACCGCCACAUGGGGAAAAUUUCGAAGCGACACUGAUUGCAGAUAAAUACCUCCUCCUAGAACAGGUGGAAGGCAGCUCAUUGUUUCGCUGUAUUGAUGUCAACACACAAGAACAACUUGUGUGCAAGGUGGUAUCUCAAGACUCGCACUCGUUGUUAUCCGCCCACUAUCGGCUCGAUUCGCAUCCGCGCAUUUCCUCGCUGCACGAGGUGCUGGUGUGCAAUCGGCACAUGUACCUGGUGUUUCCGCGAUCGCACGGCGACCUGCAUUCGCAUGUGCGGACGCGGAAGCGGCUGCGCGAGUCGGAGGCGAAGAAGAUGUUUCGGCAAAUCGCGGAGACGGUGCAGGUGUGCCAUCGCAACGGUAUCGUCCUGCGGGAUCUCAAGCUGAGGAAAUUCGUGUUUGCUGAUGAAGAACGGACGGAGUUAAAGCUAGAAUCACUCGAAGACGCCGUUGUGCUCGAGGAUGAAGACAGUGAUUGGCUGCAUGAUAAGCGGGGGUGUCCUGCUUACGUGAGUCCUGAAAUCCUCAAAGCCGGCGCGCAUUAUUCGGGCAAAGCUGCGGAUAUGUGGUCGUUGGGUGUUAUACUUUACACUAUGCUCGUUGGAAGAUAUCCUUUUAAUGAUUCCGAGCAUGCCUCACUCUUUGCGAAGAUAUCCCGCGGGCAAUUCGUCAUCCCCGAGUGUUUAUCAACGCGUGCGCGCUGCCUGAUCCGUGCCCUCCUGCGAAAGACGCCCUCGGAACGCAUCACCUCCGAGGACAUCUUCCACCAUCCGUGGCUGGCGCGCGAGGACCGCGAUCAUCAGUCGCGCACCUAUGAUCAGCUUGUGCCCGAGUGCAGUCUCUACGAUGACGAGUUGUAAUUGAGAAAAACACUCUGCAACUGCAAGCAAAAAUCAGAACAAAUCUCAAUGUUCAUGUUCAUGUGAUUCCUAAAAUUAAGCUAAGUACAACGCAAGUACAUAAUUCGUGGCACUCGGCGCAGUGCAACACACAAGCAAACACAAGUGCAAAGACGUUUUUAUUAUUAUUAUUAUUAUUAUUAUUUUCUAAGCGAAGAUGCAAACCAAACGGAGCUGUGUUUUAAUACUACUAUUAACUAACUACGGAUUAAUAGUCAAACCUACUACAGAAUGCAAGAUGGAUGCGAAUAUUUUUUACUCUUGAAGCUUAGAACAACCACACACAGGAAUAACAAGAAAUCAUGCAAUUUUGUUUUGCCACACACGCUGAAGACAGAAAUAAUCUUGUUUUCAAUUGUUUUUACUUUAUUUUUGCGGGCGUCGCGAGCUGCGUUUGUUGACCGAACGUAGUCCCUCGCGACAUGAGAGAAAAUUUUAUUUCGUUUUAUAAGUUAGUUGAAUUCGGGAAUCUUUCUCUUCUUAUUUGUGUUCGGCGAAGAUGUUCAAAUCUCAUUUGGAUUUUUAUUGUUGAAAUCGAAGCGCAAUUACGAAAACUAAAACAACUAAAAAAUGCAUCACUACCAACCUACCCAACUACGAAACACAUGUGAACCUACUACUAGAUUGUUGGAAGCUGUUUAAGAAUAUUGUUAUUAUGUAUUUUUUCGUGUUAGGGAAUUAUUUAUUUCUUUAAUUUUAGCGCGCCGAAGGUUAGGCAAGUUAGGCAACCCAAGAAACUGAAGACUGAUGCUAAUUGUUUCUUUCCUCUUGAUGUUUGCACUCAUCUUUUCACACACACACAGUAACACAACACAAAGACAUCAACUGUGGUUGAUGUUUCGAUUGAGUGAAUUUUUGUUUCGAUUCGUUCAUAUUCUCCCAAUCUAUUUAGCAGAUUUGCCAAAUUUUAUAUUAGAUAUAUAAUAUUUUGUAAAUGUACAUUACAUACGCGGGGUUAAAUUUAUAAAUAAUGGGCAUUUCGAUUAAAUAUCAAUCAUUCUCAUGUUGAAUCGAUGCAAUUUUAGCAAUGAAGCAAUUUUGAUUUAUUUGUUCUAUAGUUUUAAUAUGUUUUAAACUCUUGAAUGACCGAAAAUUGGCGAUUUGUUGGCGAAAUGAGAGAAAAUACGAAACUAAUCUAUGAUCUCGAUUUAUUUGUACGCGUUUUAUUCUUCUUUCUGAUGAUUGCGAUAUCGAAAACAACACACACACACACACGACGCACACAAACACUUUGUAUAUUUGUUGUAAAUAGCUUCUCGCAUUUGUGCAUAUAUUAUACAUUUAUAAUUAAGCGUUAUUCAUGGUGAACGUGAGAGAAGAGGACGAGUUGGCGACAACUGUUGUUCAUUACAAAAAACGUUACAAAGAAAAAGAAACAAAUGAAGAUUUAACUAUUAAAA